AUAGCGUCUAUCAUACGAAAAGGAAGGCAAGUUUAUUUGAGCCAUCUUUUAACACGUAUAUUUUACCUUUAGUGACACGCCUACUAUACCGCAUUUUGCACAUAUUAAGCAAAUUUGCUGACGAAUCGUUCGUAAACUUUCAUAUAUGAAAGAUGGGUAAUAACCAACAAAAACGUGCAUUGGAUGAGCAGCAAGUUCCUGGUGAUGGCCAGCCUGCCAACAACCUAGUUUUAGAAUCUCCUAUGGAAGAUUCUGGGUUUAUUUUUCCAGACCAUCAUGAUUUACUAACAGAUGAACUGCACAGUCCUAAAGAUUUAACUGAACAUAAAGGGAAAAAUAUUCCAGCUGUUAUAAGAUGGAAAGGUGGAGGAAAAGAUAUCUACAUAUCUGGCUCUUAUGAUAACUGGCAAAACAAAUUGCGAUUGAACCGAAGUCACGAUGAUUUCGUUGCAAUUGUUGAUCUGCCGGUGGGUGAACAUGAGUAUAAGUUUUUCGUAGAUGGAGAUUGGAAAAUUGACCCAAAUGAGCCAUCUAAAGAAAACAAAAUGGGGACACUCAAUAAUGUUUUGACUGUCAAACCAUCUGACUUUGAGGUUUUUGAAGCUUUGGCCUACGACUCAUCUGCUCCAGAAGUUAUCAAAGAAUUCUCCACCUCCCCAAAUGAAAGUUACACCCAGGAUGUCCCUCGUAGUUUACUAGAAGAUUCCAGUCUUCAUCCACCUACAUUGCCACCACAUUUACUCAACAAAGUCCUUUUAAAUCAAGAUAUAGAUAUGUCGUACGAGCCCUCUCUGUUGCCAGAACCUCCUCAUGUUACGUUAAAUCAUAUGUACGCCUUGUCAAUUAAAGAUGGGGUAAUGGCACUCAGUGCAACUCAUAGAUACAAGAAAAAAUUUGUCACCACACUGCUGUACAAGCCAAUUUGAAUUGAUCUUGUGUGGAUUUAUCUUUUAUACUUCUGUGUUUUGUGGGAAUGCAUGUUUGUUUAUAACAUACAGUGUGUAAUGUUCAAUUCUAACCAUGAGUAGUCGACUACUGCUUUGUGGGACUCCCUGAAUAAUUGUUGUUCUAUACUCUCAUGAAUUAAUUGCAAUAAAGUAAAACAUGGAGACGUAUUCCAUAAAAUCAAA